AUGAAUUAUAUAAAAGAAUUUUUUUAACCAAAAAACUCACUUUAAUAUUUUGCUUUCAAAAAUGAUGGAUGGAAAAUUGAAAAUUGCAAAGAAAAAGAAGAGAAAGUAAAUUAAAAAGAGAUUUCAAUUCUCACAUAUAAUGUUUGGUUUGAAAAGCAUAAUUUUAAUGAAAGAGUUAUAGAAAUCUUGAAAAUAAUAUAACAGAACAACUGUGAUUUGGUAUGUUUGCAAGAAGUAACACGAAACUUUUAGAUUAUGAUGUCCAAUGAUAAAUUUAUCUAAUAAAAUUAUUACAUCACUGGAAAUGUAAUUAAGGAUUAUGGUAUCUUGAUACUUAGUAAAUUUAAACCAAAAUUUAUUAAUGAAUUAGUUUUUAAUUCCCAAUUUGGAAGAACAUUCUUAUAUAUUGAAUGUUAAAUUAAUAUGCAUUCUUUAAUUAUUGGAACUUCUCAUCUAGAAUCAAUGGUUUACAAUGAAAAUGCAAGAUUUGAAUAACUAAAAUAUGUUUAUAAAGAAUUAGAAAAAUAUAAAAAUGUAAUAAUAAUGGGUGAUUUUAAUUUGGAAACCUAAAAAGAUGAAUUAUCUAUUUCCCCAGCAUAUGUUGAUUUAUGGAAACAUCUUUAUCCCGAUAAUCCUGGAUACACAUUCAUAAUUGAAGAUUUUAAAAGAAGAUUUGAUAGAGUACUGUUGAAAAAAGAGUACAUCAUAAAUAUAUUAAAGGGGUUCGUAUUUAGCAAAUAAAAUAGAGAUUUUAGGCAUGGAUGAACUCCCAAUUUACAAAAAUAAAAAGCCUUCAUAGAAAGGAGAAGUUAAAACUCCUUCAGAUCAUUUUGCAUUAAAAAUCAAUUUAUAAUAUUAAUCAUGA